AUGCCAGAGAACGGCAAUGGCCCAUCACGACCCACCAAGCUCCCGCUUGAUACCGAUCUCGCCCUUUCCAUGCCGAAGCCACCGAGUCCGACGUACAGUCCAGCGCGCAAUAUGCAGACGACGGGGAAUAUUGCUCCGCCUCGUCACAGCGCAAGGAGUUUAGCAGGGUCCGGCAGUCGAAAGUCGUCCUUGGGUCCACUGUCAUCUGCAUCGUCGGUGGCUCCCAACAGUACUGUCGAUUAUUACGGAAGUUCCCAAACAAAUGGAAACUCUUCUCCGUCACUCGCGCGGAAGAACUCUGUUCAUAUGCCCAAGGACACCGAGAUCAGCGCACAAAUGCUGUACGAUUAUUUACCUCGUUUUGAGGUCUUGCUGAUCGACUUUCGCCCGCGGGAGGACUUCGACCAGGGACACAUCUACACUCGCAACGUCAUCUGCAUUGAGCCUUUGACGGUGCGCCAGGGCAUGAGCGCUGAGGAAUUGUCUGAAGGACUCAUAUUGUCACCGGAGGAGGAAGUGGAUCUUUUCAAUCGUCGAGAUUCCUUCGACGUCGUGGUCUACUAUGACGCCGACACUCGAUCCGACGACUUCCUAGCUCGACCGCGGACGGAUAGAGAGCAACGGCUCAAGUGGUUGCAUGAAGCCUUGGACGAAUUCAAUCAGGAUAGGCCUCUGCAACGACGACCAAGUUUGCUCAUUGGCGGUAUCGAAGCUUGGGCUGAUCUUCUAGGUAACCAAGCAUUGGUGGCGUCAAACACAAAAGCGAGGACUGGUCCAGCGCGAUCGCUUGUCCGCCGACCUGCGGCGAGGGAUGGACCGAUGAAAGUUCAAAAGCGCCGCUUACGAGACUACAAUCCGCUGGAUCCGGAGGAGGAACGUACUUGGCGAGCUCGUGCGAAGAGUGAGAGUGUAAAAGAAAACCCGGUUCUGGCUACAGAUGGAGGUGAGGAUGAAGAGGAUGUGGUCCAAGACGAGGAUGGCGCAUCCUUGCCAAAGUAUCCCACGAUUGAAGAUUUCAACUCACGGUUCCCCGACGCUGGAACUCUCGGACAACAGUACUAUAACGGAAGACCGGCUCGCCCACCCCCAGAAGCGCCCAACAAUGUGCCAAGAUACCCAUCAGCACCGCCACCUUCGCAGUUCCCUCCGGCACCUGCUCGUCCGGCACCUGCAGCGCCUCGAAUGAGCUACACUGGUGUUAGCGAUCGGGCAGUCUCUCAGAACACUCCAGCACCGAGAACCUCCAGCCAGCUUGUGCCUUAUAUCUCUCCGAAGUAUCUGUCGGCGAAUCUACGCAUACCCAAGACUGGCCUGAAGAACUUCGGCAGCACUUGCUACAUGAAUGCCACCCUCCAAGCCUUGUCUGCGACCAUACCUCUUACGAUCCUUGUAAUGGACGAUGGAUACAAGAACAUGGUCCAGAAGGAGAAUUGGAAAGGCAGCCGCGGUCUCCUGCCCGAAAUGUAUAGCAAUGUGGUCCGCGAGCUCUGGAGGGGAAAUGUCGAUUUCAUCAAACCGACCACUUUCUUCAAUUUCUGCGGCCGCCUCAACAGCACCUUCAAAGACCCCAGUCAACAGGAAGACACGCAAGAAUUCUUCUCCUUUGUCGUCGACUGUCUACACGAGGACUUUAACGCCCACUGGGCCAAACCUCCUCUCCGCGAGCUCACCCCAGCCGAAGAAGCUACACGAGAACGCAUGCCGCGCCUCUUGGUCGCCAAAACCGAAUGGGACCGCUACACGCACCGCGAGAACUCCUUCCUCACCUCCAUCUUCUACGGUCAACAAUCCUCCCGCGUGCGCUGCACCGUCUGCAACGCCACCUCGACCCAAUACGAUCCCUGGGCACUCCUCCAAGUCGAGAUCCCGGAAGCCCGCGAAGCACAACUGCAAGACUGUCUGCGCAACCACUUCGGCGACGAACUCCUCGACGCCGACAAUCAAUGGACCUGCACAAACUGCAAAGUACCCCGCCGCGCCACGAAGAAACUCACCAUCACCCGCGCCCCACCUUUCCUGGUCAUCGGCCUCAAACGCUUCAAAACCCACCCUCGAACCGGCGAACAGCGCAAAAUCCACACCAACGUGCGCUUCCCGCUCGAAGGCCUCGAUAUGGGAGAAUUUAUCCUUCCUCCUCCUUCGCUGCAGGAAGCGGAGAUUAUCGUCUCCCAACACGGCGGACGGGAAGCGUUGAAGACGGACCCCGCGUUGACGCCGCCGUAUAUCUAUGAUGCGUAUGCAGUGGUGAGACAUCAGGGCGAUACGACGCGGAGUGGGCAUUAUACGGCCGCGGUGAGGGAUCGGGCGAGGGGAUGUUGGCGGUUUUUUAAUGAUACUGUUUCGAAUGAUUUUCGACCGGAAGGGUUGGGAAGGGAUAAGGCGCUGGAUAAUGAGGGGGCGUAUUUGGUGUUUUGGCAGAGGAGGGGCUUGGGUGGGACGGGAGGUGGUGGGGAGAAGAUGUGA